AAAUGGCUGGAUAGGGCCCAUGGAAGUCUGAUUUUCCGAUUGACGCAGAUGCUCACCGAUCAUGGAUGCUUCGAGGAGAACCUGCGGUUUAUCGGAUGGAAGCGCAUAGAGGCUUGCCGUCACUGCGCGGCCGACCGGGACUCGUCGCAGCACACGCUGGAAUACUGUCCGGCGUGGACAGUGCGGCGCCGGGACGUGGUCGUGGUAGUGGGGGCAGACCUCUCGUUCCCGAGCGCAAUUUGCGCGAUGCUCAGGAGCAAGAGAAACUGGACGGCGGACUCCUCCUUCUGCAAAGAUCAGGCAGGAGAAGGUCGUGUCCUUCACU